UGCGGUUCAUCCCCCAGACCAGUAGGCGGCGCUGUAUCUGCAACAUGAGCUGCAUUCUGCUCUUAAACAAACCGCAGAAGAAGACGAGUAGUUGCGGGAAAACUGAAGCGGUUGCUUCCUGUGUUGAUAAACUCCAAACUCAGAAAACAAGCUUUUUAAACAAUCAUCAUGAAAACCCCAACGGCCACCGAUGUCAGAAAGGGGAUUUCAGUCCUUUGGGAGACUCUGCAGUGUCCCAUAUGCUUGGAUUUAAUGACGGCACCUAUUUCUACUAAGUGUGACCAUCAGUUUUGCAAAUUUUGUAUGAUGAAACUUUUGGACAACACUAAACAAAACAGGGCUAACUGUCCAGUGUGUAAAACCAAGAUAACCAAAAGGAGCUUGCAGGAGAGUCCUGGGUUUCAGAAACUUGUAGCAGGAUUGCAGGAUAUGAUACAGGCGUAUGAACACGACACUGGCACCAACUACAUAACUGGAAUGUCACAGCAAAAUGGACAAUCAGGAGUCACAGAUGCUGAAGCUGCUAAACAUUGUCACGAGAAUUCAUUUGGAGAUGCACCUGACAACGUGGAAAAUGUCGACAAUGAUGAUCUCUCAAGGUCUCACUCCUCGACUAUAGCAGCCCAGAAUGGAUUUGCAAGACUGAUGGGACUUGAAGACACAGAAAAUGAAGGCCUGGACAGCGGCCUUGGGGAGGCCCCACCAACUUCUGACAAGAAAAUGCACAGCCCUACAGAUAAUUUGGAACCAGUGGAAACAGAAAUGUCAGAAGUUGUGGAAACGUCAAUACGCAAAACUAGAGGCAAAAUGAGAUUCGUCCAAUCGGAGAAAGCCUCCCUUCGUCCACCAUUAAUUCCAGACGAGACCGAACAGCAACCUUUAAGAAAGUCCUCAAGGAAGAAACAGAACAAGGAUUUGGAUUCUGACAAGAUUCUUGGGGAGAAACAGAAGAAAAGUCUGGAGAAAGUUGCUGAGUGGCUAAUGAAAGUCCCGACUGAAGGAAGUCUCGAGUUAGAGAAACCCAACGAAGACUCCGAUGAUGAUGACAGCUGUUCUUCCGCUUCAACGAUAGAUGUCAGACAACACACCAUUGAUGUGAAUCCUAAGAGAGAGGAUCGCGCUAAAGCCCUUGAAGAGAAGGUGUUUGGGGCCGUCUACAAACGAGAGAGAAGAGGGACUGGACAGAGACUUGAUGUCUUUGUUGAACCACCAACAACUAAAGAAACACCAACCUUCUCCAAACUAAGGAGGAGGAACGCUCUCACUCCUGCUGAUUUCGCCAAGAAAACAAGCUCUGAAGAUAAAAGUGAAAUGGAGGAAGAGCAACACAGGAUAGAAGUAAAUGACACCAGCACUGACAUUUUCAAAGAAGCAAAACAGAUGGAGAUUAUGGAGGAAAAUGAUAUUGACAAACACGUGGAAGAGUUGAACAACUUACCGGAAAGUGACAAAAGUGAUGGCAAAGAUGAGGCUCCCUGUCCUGCGUCUGAUAUACAACAGCAACCAGAGAGAAAGUCAAAGAAGAGGAUGCGUAACGCUCCACAGCAGGUCGAUAGUGAUCUGCAAGAGCAAGCUGAGGCGAAGUCAGAAAGUACCGAGCAAAAGAAAGCCGACAAGAGGAAAGGUAAAAACACAAAGUCAGAAAAGGGCAAACCUGCUAGAGUGCCGAAACCCCUUGUUCUGGUUGGAGCUCAAAAUGGAGAAACCAGCCCCACAACUAGACCAAGGUCAGAAGAAGUCCAAGUUCAUAUUGAGAAUUACCCGAGCAGCGAAGACCAAGAACUCCCCGUCACGAGAAGCACCAGGAGAAGUAAAAGACUUCAACUCUUCGCUGACGAAGUCCAGGAAGGUCACAAGAAAGCAAAGUUGAAACCUGAAAAAGAAAGCAAUGUGGGAAAGAAAUCUGAGGAAGCUGAAGGUGGAAUAUUGGACAAUACGGCUUCACCUAAGAAUGGAAACGUGACAAAGAUGGCUGAAAGAAACGGAUGUAUUUAUGAUGAAGAUUUAGGAGAAAUAGAAAACAUGCAGUCUAGUGAGAGAGUAUCUUAUUUAGGGCCGACAGAAGAUGCUGAAGUGCCGAAUGCUGAAGCUAGUGCUGCGUGUAAUGUCACUGUGGUGCCAAGCUCUGCAAGUCCAACUGAAGCAGCUGUGGUAGAUCCAACACUUGAAAAUGACAACCCAAACAACACUCAGUUGGAAACCUUCGCUGGCCACACAAAAUGUGCUGGAGCAGAAAACGAGGAGGAUAGGAACGACAGCGAACUGGACACGGAGCAACUGCUCAGGAGCUUCAAAGCCACUAAAAGGAAAUCUUUCCAUCUUGGCGGUCCGAAUGUGAAAAGGAACCGUGGUUUAGACCAAAAAAGCGUGCAGGAUGAAGAGAAUCAGCGAGUUUGUUUUGGUGUUGAAUCUGCAAAAAAUCAGAUGCGCACAAAGGUAUCUGAAACCACCAACCAAGACGAUGAAAACUCAUCUUGCGGUGAUUUGAUAUCUCCUUCUAACUCGCCCGCCCCGACAAGAAAACUAGUCGUUGAGAAACCAGAUCAAGUUGUGGUAGAAGCCUCGAUCCCUGAUAGCAGUUGUUCGGGUCAGUUCGGCACCGGUGUCUCCAGGAAUAGUGUCAGCAGCGUCCUCACUCCUAAUAAAGUGUCAACACGUGAAAUAGAAAGUCCUCACUCUUCUGUCGAGCCUCAAGUAGUAGAUUCUGGGCUCCACUUCACAGCCGCUGAACACGAGGAAGUAAACGAACCCUCAAAGUGUUCUCAAAUCACAGAGAAUCAGCUUGACUGUACCGUGAGGGACGCUGGCAAAGGGAAGAAAGUAAGAGGCGGCAUUUCGGUGUCUAAUUCAGCUUCCAGUGCUGAACAUUUUGUAAACACAGAGUUCUCUUUAACUCCCGAUGGCCUUGGAAUACCAGUUGUUCAAAUUGUCCCUGAAGCAAAGCAGUCGUCCAGUCAUGGUAGCGAAGAGCUGAGCGCCCAUUCCUCCCUCAAGAGCAUGCCCAGGAAGAGGACGAGGGCCCAGAGGCUCGAGUCUUCAUCAGAGUCAGACUGCAGCGAAGAUGGAUUACCAACUUUGACGGAAAUUUUCGGGACAUCAGCUCCUCCCUCGAAGGAUCGGGGAGACUCCAGUGAAGCUCAUAGAUGUGAGGGUGCUACAGCCGGUGAAGCGCAACAGUUGAGCCGUCCACCUGCGUGCCCCAGCCCCGACUGUGUUAGCUCCAGCCAAGCGUCUGUGGACUUGUUCGGCACGCCGGAAGAAUGUGAUGUCCCAGUAAAUAACGUCGGCGCUUCCUCACAACUCGAAUCAUCACAAUUUUCAAGCGAAGUCCUUGUUACACAGCAAAAGAUCGAAAUGCAGAAGGAGCUAGUGAGGUUGGAGAAGUUGAUGGCUCUGGUGUCAGAGGUGCUUCAGGAGAAAGAAGACAGUCCCGUAAAAGAAGCGCCCUCAAAAACGAAUCAGAGCAGCAAAACCACAGGCCCAGACGCUCACAGACCCCUCCUGUGUGACCAGGACACAGGCCUAGGUUCAGACCGGAAAGCUGUUCCAGAAGUAGAGCGAGAGCCCAGCACGACGCCAUCUGAUGGCAACGGGGUCAACCAGCCCAGUGUCUCAAAGCCUGGCGGCGUUGCAGAGACGGCACCGCAGCGCUCCACACACACAGGACCGAGUGUAAAAGGCACCGGAGCCUCCAAGACUCCCUGUCCAAGUUCAGCAGCCAAAACGUUAAAGAGCGACAGUUCACCAUCAGACGAGCAAGAAGACAAAGAAAAUAACACUCCUCCGAGAGAGAGAAGUAAAGCUAAGAUGGUGCUAGCGUCGUCUGGAUUAGGCCCCAAUGAACAGAUAAUGGUCAAAAGGUUUGCCAAGCGAGUUGGUGCCCGUGUGGUUUCCCAGGUAACGCCGGAGGUGACCCACAUCAUAAUGCACACAGAUGAACAACUGGUAUGUGAGCGCACACUGAAGUACUUCCUUGGCAUCGCAGGCAGGAAGUGGGUGGUGAGCUUCCAGUGGAUUUCAGAGUGCUUCAAACAAAAGAAACUCUUGGAUGAGAGUGUCUUUGAAGUGAGAGGUGACGUGGUGAAUGGACCCAACCAUCUGGGCCCCAUGAGAGCUCGCACCACUGAAGACAAUAACUUGCUCAUGAAGGGCUACAAGAUCUGCUUCCAGGGGGCUUUUACAGACAUGACUACAGAUGAUAUGGAGUGGAUGGUGGAGCUCUGUGGAGCAGCUGUAGUCAAAGAUCCACUUCUCCUUGACGGUAAACAGAAGUCUCAUCAGCUUGUCGUCGUACAGCCUGGAUCAGAGUCGCCGUCGUCCGCAUACAGCAGUCUCUCUAGACGAGCUACAGUCGUGACACGCGGUUGGCUGUUGGAUACCGUGGCAACCUACACCCUUCAAAACUACAACAGGUACACAACAUGAGCUGAGGAACUACACUACACCCACAGCACUGACGCAUUUUACAACUUCUGUUUUUUUAAUGUUCAAAACUGUCAUCCAUCUGUUUUAUUGACAAAGCCCUGUAUUGUGUUUGCAUAACAUGAUGUAUAUAAAGUUUAAUCAACAGAAGAUG